AUGGAUUCUUUAUUCAAUCUGGCAGUCUCUGGGACUGAAGUGGAGGAUACGGCGAGAACGGCAAAUGCAGAGACCGAAUCAUCAAACCAAUUCCCCGAAUCAUCACGUUCGCCCCCUCAUCCCGCGCCAAUCCUGCCCUCGGAAGAGCUGGAACAUGCGUACUGGGCGCAGUAUGAAGAGGACACAACCAUCCCAGAUGAGGACGAGAUGAAAGAAAUCGACGGCGGCGAUUCGGACUACAGUGCUAGUGAUCAUAAAUAUUGGGAAACUAACUUCUUUCGGGAUUUGGGAGAUCCUGAAUAUGUACCCAUCGAAAAGGCCCGUCUAACGUGGACGUUCAAGGGUGUUCGGGGCAUCCCCGAGAACCCCAAUCGUGACAAAGUCAUUCGCUCCCCACCAGCAUUCGUUGGGGGAUACUGGUGGCGAAUCAAGUUCUACCCUAGGGGGAACAAUGUUAAUGCAUUGAGUGUCUACCUUGAAUGCUCUCCCACAUUGCCCGCUCCAGAUGGCAAGCUUCCUGAGACGGAAUUUACGGUCCAUCGAGGCCCAGCCGAUGCCCCACUAGAUAAUAGCACCCCGGACAUUCAAAUAAAGACUACAGCAACGGACGACGCAGCAGCGUGGUUUGAGAACUACAAGUCUCAAUAUCCUGCAGCCAGGAACACCCCCCUAUCUGAUCAUGGAACCUUGGACUCUUGGCGUGUGCCCGCACAGGUCGGCGUCAUUGUAUACAACCCCCAAGAGCCACGCACAGGAUGGAUGCAGUCUUCUUGUCAUCAAUUUAACCCUCAUAAUUUGGAUUGGGGGUGGACAUAUUUCCACGGCCCAUGGGAUCAAAUCCAUUCACGCCGGCGAGGACAACAUCGUGCUCUUCUGAACAACGACACGCUCUCAUUUGAUGCCUACAUUCGUGUGGUGAAAGAUCCUACCAAGUCCCUUUGGUGGCACCCAAGUGAGUCCGAGCCAACGUGGGAUAGCAUGGCCUUGACCGGUUACCGACCUCUGGGUGACUCGAUCAUCAAUCACAGCCCAGAGGUAGCCGGGCUGGCCUCGUGGCUGCACAUUGCUCCAUUCUGCAAGAUCAUUCAAAACAUUGAUGUGUUUGAACAUCUCACCAAUGCCGAUGCCAGACCGAAGCCUCUAUGCGAUGCUCUCCAGAGGCUUCUGUGGCAGCUUCGCCGCCAGACACUCUCCCCGAGCUAUGUCGAUACGGACGGCGUGACUGCAACUUUGCGCAAUCUGCAUGAGUUCUCGAGCGAUGUGUCCGAAUUCUGGGAGCGUCUGCGUCGUAACUUGGAACUAGAACUGAAGGGAACAGAGGCCGGCAAACAAUUUGCUUGCCUCUUUGAUAGUCCGGUCGUACAAUCUCCGUCUUCUGAUAGCGAAGUCCCUUUGAACAUGCUGCCAAGAGACUUCAACUCACGUAUUUACGUGCCAAUUGAUCAAGCCAAGUCUACCUCUGAAGCCGUUAGUGGAUAUCUGAGUGCUAAGCCCGGUCGUUGGUCGCUUCCAUCAGUUCUUCAUGUCGAGUUUGGGCGCCAUACUCUGGACAAGGCCAAACGCUGGCAGCUGCGGUAUGACAAAGUAGAGCUGGAUGAGGAGUUGGAUCUGACCCCGUGGGUGGUUGAUGGCCAGGGUAGCAAGUAUGUGCUUUAUGGCUAUAUUGUUCAUCGAGGCCGCCGUACCUCGGGCAAGUUCUUUAGUAUCCUUCGCCCAGCGGGUCCAGGUUCCACAUGGCUGGCUUUUGACGAUGGCAGUGAUAACCGCGUGGAGUGCUUGACCCAGAAAACAGCCAUGGGUCCACACCUAGGUCUCGAUCCCUCCCAGGCUGUGGAUCACAAGAAGGGUCAUGAUGUACCUGUCGUGACAAUUUACAUCCGUGGCGAUCUGAUAUCGGAGCUUUUGCCUGGUCCCCAAGAGCCUUGGGAAGUGCCUGUGACCUUGAAACAAUACUAUGAAACAGGAGUGUACCACUCAGGUUCCAAGCCUGGGGAUAGUGUUCAAGUUGAGGUCUAUGCGCUUUCCCAGUAUGACCAGCUCACCAGCCUUUUUGACUCCUACGAUCUCAUGGCACAGGCCAAAGUGGCAAACAGUGUCAUGUAUCUGACUUUGCCCCGUUCAUCACGCUUAGCAGAACUACGCAAAAGAAUUUCUAUUGGGAAGUCCUCUGGCUCUGAAGUCAUUGGUCCCGAGCGGGUUCGUUUAUGGCAAAUUGGCAACUCAUUUGCUCAAUCUGGGUCAUCCUUGGCGUUUGAUCGUACUAUUGAUUUGAAUGUUCCGCUGGAUCCUUCAUUGAGCACCAUACGGUUCUGGAUGGAAACUAUCUCGAAGGAGGACGCUCACCUGUUCGCCAUCCCAGACCCUCCUGCAGUCACAACUUCAGAGAAUAAGCCGGAUGACUUGGUCGUCGAGAACUCUAUCCACGGCGGUUCUGAAAAUGUGACAUCUGUGACUGAAGGAGAUGCCGUCGCUAGUUCAUCUGGAAAUGCUCUCUACGAGGGUCCCGCCGCUUCAGAUACUGUCAACUCUGUUAUCGAUGGUGGAUCGCUGCUUCCGUUGGCCACAUCUUCUCUAGAGAAUGAUGCUUUUGCUACUGGAAGGGCAGCACAAGAAGUGGUGCUGGCUACUGUUAUAGCAACUCCAGCAACAGAAGAAGCAGCAAGCUCCGCUCCUGUGUCAAAUUCUGAAGUUGAGUCUUCUACACUGGAAGGGGCUCCUCAAGAACAGACCCAAUCCGAGUUCAAGUUGCCUGUUGGCCAUACAUACUACUUUAUUCAAAUUUUCAACGCGGAAAAUCAAGUGCUUCGUACCGUGGGGUCAUUUUUCUCCAAACAUGAUUCCAACGUUAAAGCGUCCAUUCGACGCCACUUACAGCGGCCUCUUCACCAAGACUUUCUCAUGUGGAAACGAGUCGAUGGUGCUGCUGUUACUCCGGUGUCACCUGCUGACAACUUCGACGAUAUGCUUGCUCCGCACGGAACAUGUUUCAUCGUCGGAGAUAAGUUGACCAAGGACAAGCGCACUCAACUUGCUUCAUUGGGAUUGUUUACCAGUCCUGAUCGUCUGGUUCAGUACCUGUGGGCCGAUUCUCGCGGUCACCCAAUCCAAGGUUUCACCGGCACGAAGACUAUCGAAGCCACCUUCACAAACGACUACUAUAGUGGUUGCUUCCUCAAAGGUUAUCACCAUGGUAAAGGCAAGCACAUCUCCAGCACUGGCAUGAUGUACGAAGGCGACUUCGUCUUUGGCAGACGCCACGGCCAAGGCAAGCUAACCUAUCCCACCGGCGACACAUACGACGGUGAUUGGGUCGAAGAUGUAUGCCAUGGACAAGGUACUUAUGUUGAGAAGGCGACAGGCAACAAGUAUGUCGGCGGCUUCAAGGAUGGCAAACGCCACGGCAAGGGCAUCAGCUACUGGGAGGUGGCCGACGCAGAGUUGGAUCUGUGCCAAAUAUGUUAUACCGAGGAAAUGGAUGCAAUCUUUGCCGAGUGUGGUCACCUUUGUUCCUGUGUGACUUGUGCGAGCCUUGUGAGUCUGUGUCCGAUGUGCCGCAAAGAGAUCAAGAAGGUGAUCAAGAUAUAUCGGGCAUAG